AUGGGGGAGCGGGUGACGUCACCGGACCACCGCACCCCCACUGUUGAAGCCGAGAAUCACCAAGCUGACGCUGCCAUUGCUCCCGUUGCUACUAACGACGACGAACCUCCUCAUCUCCUCAUUUCUCUCCAUAUGACUACGUCACCGCUGCCGUCUGGAGGUCUCUCAACACCACUGACGCCCUACGUCCGCCGCAUGCCGCCAUGA